AUGACUAUAAAUUUUCGGAGAUUAUUAGCUCAAGGCCUUCCACCGCCAAUGGAACCUGAGCCAGGAUUAUGUUGCGGAGAUCAAUGCGAAAGUUGUGUUUGGCUUGUUUACGCAAACGAGUUGAUUGUUUAUUAUCGAUGCAAAUAUCCAAGUGAUCUCAAUAGCUUGAAACGUGUUAAAGAAGAACUUUAUGAAAAAAUUGAGCGCCCUGAAAUCAAGGCUUAUGUUCUCACAGAGCUAGAUAUUGCUGCGAAGCAGAUGGAAGAUCUCCGAUUAAUGUCAAAAAAGAAAAAGAAAACAUAA